CCUACAAACUUAUCAAUACAUUGCAUACGUUAAUUUUUGUAAAUUUGUGUGAAGUGCUGAAAUGAGUAAUCCACAAGAUGAGUUGUGUCCUCCGCCUUCGGAAGAUGACGAAUUAACAUUGCCGCGUGCUAGUAUCAACAAAAUUAUCAAAGAACUUGUGCCAUCAGUUCGAGUGGCCAAUGAAAGUCGUGAACUAUUGCUUAACUGUUGUUCAGAAUUUAUCCAUCUUAUAAGCUCGGAAGCCAAUGAGGUGUGUAAUAUGCGUAACAAGAAAACGAUUAACGCAGAACAUGUUUUAGAGGCUUUGGAUCGUUUGGGUUUUCGCGACUAUAAACAGGAAGCGGAGGCCGUCCUCAACGACUGCAAAGAAGUUGCUGCAAAGAGACGCAGACAAAGUACACGCUUAGAAAAUUUAGGAAUUCCUGAGGAAGAACUGUUGAGACAGCAACAAGAGUUAUUUGAAAAGGCACGCGAGGAGCAAGCACAAGAGGAGCAACAACAGUGGAUUAGCAUGCAAGCAUCAGCGAUACAACAGAGUGCCAGACAAAUGCGCGCGGCAGGCGGUGAAGAAGAUGACGAAGACGACGAUGAAUAUUAAUAAUAAUAAAUAGGAAUACAUAAGGAAUUAAUUUUAAGAUAUUUAGUAAAAUAUUGUAAUUAUUUUUUAAUUGAAAUAAUUUAUUUUCUAAAGUUCGAAUAAUAUAAGAAUGUAUAUUCGAUUACCAAAAACAAUAAAUUUUUUUGUAUAUAAACUA